GAGAAGCCGUUUCGGUGUUUGGUGUGCAAAAAAGAUUUUUUAGAUAAGUCACACCUUAUCAAACACCAGAGGAUUCACACAGGAGAAAGGCCACAUCAGUGUUCAGAAUGUGACAAAGCUUUUAUAACGAGGCAAGACCUUAUCAGGCACCAGAGGAUUCACACCGGAGAAAGGCCAUAUCCGUGUUCUGAAUGUGAUAAAGAUUUUACUACGAGGGAACACCUUAUCAGACACCAGAGGGUUCACACCGGAGAAAGGCCAUAUCAAUGUUCAGAAUGUGAUAAAGCCUUUAAACAAAAGUCAGAUCUUAGCACACACCAGUGGGUUCACAUUAAAAAGAGGCCAUAA